AUGCACCUGAGAGGAAACAGGCUUUUGGAAACCAUCGAUAGUUCGAAAACGGUGUCGGAUGAGAAAAAGGCUAAAGCCAUGAUAUUUUUACGACACCACAUCCAUGAUGGUUUAAAGGAUGAAUAUAUUACGAAAGAGGAUCCUUGUGACCUCUGGAAAUCUUUAAAAGAGAGGUUCGAUCACCAGAAAUAUGUGAUCUUACCGAAAGCUAAACACGAGUGGAUCCAUCUCCGGUUCCAGGAUUACAAAAGUGUGAGUGAGUUUAAUUCCGCGAUGUUCGGAAUUACUUCGAGGAUGAUGUUAUGUGGAGAGAAAAUAAGUGAUUAUGAUAUGAUCGAGAAAAAUCUCUCCACAUUCCAUCCUGAAAAUGUAAUCCUGCAGCAACAAUACCGGGUGAAUGGAUAUACCCGUUACUCGGAGUUGAUGCAAGUCCUCCUUGUAGAGGAGCAGAAUAAUCAACUCGUGACUUUAAACCAUCAAGCUCGUCCCACUGGAUCUGCUCCAUUCCCUGAAGCGAAUGUUGCAUCAUCCAGUUAUGAUAAUAAGGUCGUGGACGUGGUGGAAACCGUUAUCAUGGUCGUGGAAGAGGACGGGGAAGAAGAUUCCGUCCCUUUGAUGAAAGAAAUAAUAAAGACUUCCACGAAAAUGAAAGGAAUGAAAAGGGCCAGGAUGAUAAAAGGCAAACGGGAAAGGUUUGCUACAGAUACGGCAUGA